GCCUGAUCAUCAUGCAGAUGCAGUUCGGGUUUCCCUGCUACUGACUCCCUUGCAAACUUUCGCUAUAGGUGUAAUUCAACACUUUCCAAUGUUUAUGUUAUUUUGCAAACCACAACCAGGGAACAUUGAUGCGAUGGCGGUUAAAUUGGUAUAUGAUUGUAUCGGCCAAGAACAUCAAUAUGCUGCUUUAUUCAGUAAUGUGUCUGUGUGCAGUUGCAGGUGUACUGCUUGGUGGUUUGUGUUACAUUGUAGUAUCGAAGCAGUGUAGCAAGUGCAAUUAGAGGAGUAGGUGCACAUAAUCACGACGAGAUGAACUACAUACAACAGUGAUGUAGUCGCGAGAAUUUCGUAUGAAGAUAAGGUACAACUACCACAACUAUUGAAGCUGCUCAUUCCGCAUCAGAAACUACAACAUGCUCGACCCGGCCGAUGACGAUCUUUCCCUUCCUUUCGAGGAACAGAUCGACAUAUUGCUUUCUAUGUAUCCCGACCGGAAUCUGACGACAGUGGAAGACAAUGCAAUCUCUCAGCCGGGGAAGAUUACGAAGGCAAGGAUAGACGUUUCCCCCAACGUCGGGGGGGAUACGAGAUUGGAGUUCUUGCAAUGCACGGUGGAGUAUUGUUGUGAGAUAAAGCCCGCGCCAGCUGCGGUACAACCUCCAAGGAACAAGGGGAAAUCUUCCUCCUCAUCUUCGUCCAAGAAUCCCUCGCCAUCGAAUACGAAUUCUGCAAAAGGACAACCUCAACCUUCGCAUUGGAAAGUCGUAAAGUCCGUGAAUAUGGAUGAGGAAGACGUGAAAGUGCUCCUCCACCGGCUGUCCACCGAGACGGACUCCUUUUUAGACGGCGUCCCUUUGGCGGUGGAUUUACUAACCUCCAUGAACGAAGAACUACGAGGGGAUUGCCCGGUCUGUCUACUCCCCUUGCACGAUGAGGAGGAAAUGGCGGCGAGUGGUGGAAAAGGCGUGAAUCUGCUCUUCCGGCCGAGUGUGUGCUUUCAUGCGGUACUGAUUAGAAGUGAUAGUGACAUAAUUUUUACGCUUUGAUGAAUGAUUGAAUGCGCAUGGGUUGUUGCUCGUAGGCACAACAUGCGGUCCGACAAGUUGUAUGAUUUCCGAUGCUUUGCUAUGCGAUACAAAUGUGAAGAACUUCUCCUCGAUAUAUCAAAUAAGUACAUUUCUUCCGAUAUUGAAAAUACAGAUGCACCGCGACUGCGUUUCCGAGUACUGGUCUUCUGUCCCGAACCCCGUCUGCCCCGUGUGCCGCGCGGAAGCCGCCGACGCAGAUUUCUUGGAGCUCGGCAUAAAACGGUUCGUCGAGCCAGAGCAGCCAAAGGAGUUUUCAAAUAACCGAGAUAGAAACAACAGAAAGAACAACAACUUCGACAAGGACAAUCCGCCCCCAAUCAAGCUUGCAAACCACAUGACAGAGGAGGAAUUCCAUCUACUCCCGGACGCGGCCUUGUCAAAAAGGGCGCGGAGGAGAAGAAACCGGUUGCAUGAGCGGGGGUAUAGGGAGUGGGAUCCAAGUUGUGCUAUGGAGGAUGGAGGGGUGUAUGACGAAACCAACGGCGCGGCUAACGCCGCCUCGCCACCCAUUGUUCUGAAGCCAGCUGAAGGAGGGAUACGGGAUAACGACGGUUCUGCUACUAUGCAAAAACACCCCUCGACUUCCACCACAACGAGCAGCUCCGCAACCUCCUCGAACAAGGCCAGAACAGACAAUAAUCUUCUCCGUUCGCCAAGGAUAUCGGAACAACAAACAGCUACCGGAGGUGGAUCUACUUCUUCUUAUACCCCUGCUUCUUCUUCAGCAGCGGCCACUAGUACAAGUGCAGGAGGUGUACCACCAAAGAAGAAGGAAGAAGUGAAGCAAACGGCGCUGCAGCUAGGUACGAAAAAGAACAAAGAAUUCAAAGAAUCCUUCCAAAAGCUGAAGGAGAAGAACAAGAAAGAUAUCCAGGACGCGCAGUAUUACCGUACGACAAGUGCGAAGGCUGCGUACGCGAUAUUGCACUUCACGACGGCGGAAAAAGCGCUGAAAUUAAUGCUGGAGUUGAGGAAUAAACCGGUGCAGGAACAAGGAACAGGAGGGGAGAGUACUAACGAUGAGGACAGCUGGAAGGUGAAUUACUAUUUCCCGGAAUAGUAUUAAAGUGCGGUGCUCGGUUGUAAUCGGUUUCGAAGCCGAGCUUGAAGCUCAAAAGCUGGAGCUGCACACACGCACCACGUCCCACACCACAUAAUGCGUCGAUAUCUUGAAAUCACUAGCGACAAUUGAAAUGUUAAAUCCCACGACCAACGCGACACACGGACAUGAAAAUGUUUUUCCGAAGAUCAUCCAUGCGCUUUGUGCGGAAGUAAAGCGACAAU